AUGAGCACAGUGCACAUGCAACCAACACAUCAGCCAAUGCGCUAUUUCCAAUCAGGCACACCUGAACAGAGAUAUCAGGAAUCACCCCAGCAUAAUCAGCUUCAAACACAAUGGAUAUCGGUACCUCGUUCAAUUCAACCCGGUGUACCAGCUGGACUAAACUAUUUGGCGGAAUUAGAUUGGUUAGGGUUUAAUCAAGAUUUUAGUUUAUCAGAAAAAUCCGAAACCUGUCAGCGAUGGUGUUGUGGAGCGCGACGUGCAUUUGUACUUCAUAUAUGUGACUCCGGAAAUCAGGUUUGUUGUUAAGGGUUUCUAUAUACUUUAUUUGUAAACGGUUUCCUGGAAGAGAUAAACGAUAAAUGAAUUCGAAGUAAUAUGAAUAAAAAUAGAAAUCUUCUGUUUUGAGCUGACAUCUGAACAUUCUUUAGCGUCUACGCCAUCUUUCCCCAUGUCAUUAACUUUCUCUCAAAAUCGGACGUGGCACUAGCAGAAAUGUUUGGUUAAGUUAGAGAAUUUUGUGUCGGGAGAUGAAAAGGUGUUUUCUGUUAUCAAAUAAAUACUCAUCGCCUGUUUAUUAGACAUUAAUUUUCUCGAACAUAUUACAUGUCAACAAAUUUUUACUUCAUCCCACUUUUGAUAUAGAAACGUCUAUCUUUCUCUCUCUUCAAACGAAAAUAUUUACUCUUGCCGUAAUCACUCCCAUACUACGCAAGUUAUAGUGCUAACAAGAAAACUUUCCACCUUAGGGCGCACUGUAAAAAAUAAAGUAGGUCAGUGACCUACUGAGUGACUCAUCUAAAUGGAUCCGCUUUACCCACUGAGAAAGCUGUGGCGUCAGUAGGUCAGUGACCUAGUGGCAGUGUGUCUCUGAGUUAAAGAGAUGACCUAGUGAGAUGACUGACUCAGGCAAGCAGUACUGUUUGGAACUUCGGCGCAGAAAGACGAAGGCUCAAACCUCACUUUUACCUACUUUUUUUUACUUUUCUUUGUUUGCUUAUUUUGAGCUGAAAAUAACCGUAUGUAGGUCUUUUAACAUGCUGAUUUCGAAUCUGAACUUAAUCUUUUGUUUUUAUGCGUGCAUAGCCACUUUUUAAGCAAAAUAUAUUUAGAAAAUCAUGGUUUAUGCACCAUUCGCAAAGUCUUUAGCAUUAAAAUCUCAUCAGAAAGCUUUUGCUGGGAGAAAAUGAUUUUUAAAGUGGGGAUGAGUGGUCUUUGGUUUGGUUGUGAAGUGAGAAGAAUGUUUUGAAAGCAGUAACUUAAAGUGCAAUGAUGCGUAACCGUUGACUAUCCUUUCCAAUAUAGUGGGCCAUAAUAAACGGGCCAAACUAUUUUCCUAUUGUUGAGGUACUUUCCUUUAAUGUGGAGACGUGGCUCAGAGCUCAUUCCAUGGAGAAUUGAAAGCUGUACAAAACUGCUCAUUUCAGUUUUUCAAGUACAUUUUUUUCUAAUCGCAAAAUUUAAAAGAUUUUGUGCUCAAUCUUCAAACUGCGAUCUGACGUUUUUCUGGAUAUCUGUUCGAUUUGUACUCCAUUUUUUCAGAUGAAAUUUGCUAGUAAACAUAGAGUAUUUCGCAUGAAUCGAAAGGCAAUUUUGUUCUCUAUAUUUCUACACCCCUUUUAAAAUUUUUUCUUUUAUGGUUUCGCAGAAAUAGGCCAGGACCCAAGAGAUGAUGGUCUUUCCGUCACGUUUUCGGGAAAAUGGAUUUUUCAGAACCAGGUUAAUGUGCAAAAAGUGUAUUUUCACACAGUUAAAUGUAGAAUUCAAUGUUAAACAUAUUGCUGUGUCUUUCACUUUAAAAAGUGAAAACUGUAAUUUUUUAUAAACUCGGAGACAUAAGUUCAAAACGUUUGUCAGAAAAGUGAUUAUUUCUGUAAUUCCACAUUUUUUAGUUCAAAAAGUUUCCUGGUCCAUCUGUCUUUCAACAAGCUACGAGCUACAUAUAAAGACGCAGAAUUUCAUGGCGAAUCUAAUGGUAUGUUUAAAAUUUCAAAAAAACUGUUUCUAAAAAUCUAAGAUCAUUUUAUCAAUUUCUGCCCGUUGCUAUUUGAAAUUGAGCAUGUGCCGAUCUUUUACAUUUUUUACUAAGAAAAAACAUGUAUUUGAGAAACGAAAAUGGGCAGUUUUGUAGAACUUUCAAUUGUCUAUCGAAUGAGACUUGAGCCAAGUUUCCACAUUAAAGGAAAGUAUCUCAAAAGUAGAAAACUUUUUGACUCGUUUAUUAUGUUCCACCCGUUGGUAUGCUAAAUAAUUUCUCUCGUUUGCGGGGAGAAUGUUUUGACAGUAGCAAAAUUGUUUCUCAAUACCAAGCUACGAAAGCAGAAUAUGUUUAAAGUGGAAACUCUUUUCUAUGCUAUUUUUAAAUCGUUAAGUGGUUAUUUAUAAUACGCUACUCCGCAAUCUACACCUUUUUCCUAGUCAACCCAUAAAAUUUUCCACAUUUUCUUGAUUUCUCAAUAGUCAGCAUUUUAUUGUAUAGAUGAAAAUAUGAACAAAAGGAACAAAAGCAUUCCAUUAAAACUAACCUUAUGUUUUUGGCACUCAUGUUUUUUUAAUGCUCGUGUCGAUUGAUACUUAUCAAUACAACCGAGAAAAUCACACUAGUAAUCCUUUUUAUCUGGAUGUUUAUGUUUACAAUGAAAGAUUAAUUCAUCGUUAGUUCUCCGAUUCUCGGAGCAAAUGAACACUGCAUUUAUAUUUUUUUUGAAGUAUUGAAAAGAAGCAAAGAAAUAAACAAAGCAUUAAAACGAUGAGAAUAUCUAGCAUUUGCUGCAGACUGACUGUUAAUCAAUCGUGAAUACACUAUCCCAUCUAAAAGAAGAUGUAAAGGAUAGAGAGAUAGAGCGCAUAGAUUCAUAUAGAAGUCUUACUUUUCGAAAUUGAAGAAUAUGUAAAGGCAUAAAAUGUACAAUAUUCUAUUACUCACACAUCACCACCCAAGGGAGGAGUACUGAAGGAAAAAUUAGACUUUUCGGAUGCUACAACAGAGCGGAGCCUUUUUUUGAAUUUAGUUUUAAGCAGCAUCUCUUGUCCUGUCCUGAAAUUAAAUUGAACUAAAGUAUCACACAAUGAAAUUUAUAAAAAAAGUUUUAAGUCUUUUCUCACUGAAUAAAAUAUGGAUGGCAGCUAUUUUCUCCAGAAAAUGAAUAAACGCAAGUCACUAACGCGCCUUCCACUUAUUUUUGCAAUGUCAUCCAUAAGGAAAUAAAUACGCCUCAAGCUUAAUACAGUUUGUCCUACGUUUUAGUUCUUUCUAUUUUACCACAAUUUGAAAAGAAAAGAACUUGCCUUUUUUGUGACCCACUGACAAAAGAGUAUCCACUAAAAAUAGUUCAGUAGAAUUUGACCCACUAGGAGACCUAGUGAGCCGUGAUCCAUCUAAAUGGAUCACAGUGGACAAUCAGGCGGACAUUUGGGGAAAAAUCGAAAGCGAGAUUUUUCAAGAUUUAAAUAGUGUCAUAUAUACACUAUUAAACGGCCGAUUUAACGGCGAAAAAAUUUUGAUCCAAAUGCU